CUCAGCAGGAUUAGGGUUUUUGCGGAGCCUCCUCUGGUUUAUUCGUCCUCUCGAGUCUCCCACAGCCCCUGAGCCAUGGCGGAACAGACGGAAAAGGCGUUCUUGAAGCAGCCCAAGGUGUUUCUAUGCUCAAAGAAGGGCGGAAAGGGAAAGAGGCCUGGAAAGGGUGGAAAUCGAUUCUGGAAGAGCAUUGGAUUGGGAUUUAAGACACCCAGAGAUGCAAUUGAAGGAACAUACAUUGACAAGAAGUGUCCGUUCACUGGAGGUGUUUCUAUUAGGGGCCGUAUUCUUGCUGGUACUUGCCACAGUGCGAAGAUGAUGAGGACCAUCAUUGUUCGACGCAACUAUCUUCAUUAUGUCAAGAAAUACCAGAGAUAUGAGAAGAGGCAUUCAAAUAUACCAGCACAUAUAUCCCCAUGCUUCCGUGUCAAAGAGGGUGAUCAUGUUAUUAUUGGCCAGUGCAGGCCAUUGUCGAAGACAGUAAGAUUUAAUGUGUUGAAGGUAAUUCCUGCUGGAUCUUCUGGUGGAGGUGGGAAGAAAGCUUUUGUGGCAAUGUGAGUUCAGUGUUCCAGUUUUCCAGUUAGUGUCAUAGCUGAGGUACAAUGUCGCUAGAUCAAGUUUAUUUUGUGCCAGAGGAAACUUUCUCCAUUUUAUUUGUCUUGAAUAUUUUGAUUUUUGUACAACAGAUUGGUUUUACGUACUGAGAUCUAUUUGCCAAGAGUUGCUUAAAUUUUAUCACCAUAAGCUUGAGAGAGUAUUAAAUUUGUUGUUGGAUGA